AUGAAUUUAUCCAUCAUCCUUUCUUGCAUCCUGGGUUCUUUACUCUGUUUCUCCAACAAUGUAUAUGGAUGGGAUACAGAUGAUCAUGAGAUCUUUGAUUUAGUUAGCGCACUUGAAGCUUCAGAAGGAAAAGGCACUACGUUUUAUACGUUCUUAAACAUCACUAAAUCGGCCAGUUUACCCGAAAUUAAUAAAGCUGCACGUAGAAGAUCACUUGAACUACAUCCAGAUAAGAAUCCGAAUGUGAAAGAUAUCGAAGCUAGAUUUGCUAGAUUAGGUGUUAUUACUGCGAUCUUGAGGGAUGAAGAGAAACGUGAACGGUAUAAUUUCUUUCAUGAUAAUGGUGUACCUAAAUGGAAAGGAACUGGAUAUAUGUAUUCUCGUUGGCAACCUGGUCUUGGGUUUGCUAUUAUGUUUGUGUUGAGUGUAGCUACUUUAAUGCAUUAUGGAAUUCAACAUGUUCAUUACAGAUCAGAAUUAAUCAGAAUCCGAAAAUUUCAAAUCGCAGCCAAACAAGCAGCAUAUGGUCCCAAAGGAUUACAAGCACCAGAAAAACCAAAACCAUCAUCAACAACACAAGUUUUAGAAAAAGAAGAAACCGAAAGCAAAGUGCCUAGAAAGAAAGUCAAGAUCUCAAUUGAAAAGAGUUUAUCAUUAGGAGAAGAGAAUCUUAAAGCAGAAGAAUCAUCAUCAUCAUCAUCAGAUGUACCGAUGGUGAUGAGUCGACAAGAAAGACGACGUCAAUUACAAGCAGGUCAAAAGAAUUCAAACCUUUCGAAACCUACUCAAGCUGGUUGGAUUGAUAUGGUUGUUGAAGGUGAUUUUGUUUGGAUCGUUGCUGAGGAUGGAACAGAUGAAUCAGCAGCUACUAAACCUUCAUUGAAGAAUACGUUUAUACCGGCAACGGCUUAUAGAUUUGUUUCGUCUUAUUUACCUAUGAGUCAAGUACCUGGAAGAACAGAAGAAGUAGUUGAAUCGAAUGAAAAAUUAAAUCAACAGGAAAAUGAAGGUGAAGGUGAAGGUGAUCGGAAUUCGAAUGGGAUGGUUAGGAAACGAAAAACUGGGAAAUCUAAAAAAUAA